AUGGGGGGAAUAAUCGGGAACCAAAACAUGGUGGCCGCAUCAUGGAUGAAUAAAGCGGUUGUAGUGUUAGUCAGCGGAGGCUUGUGGAUCAGCUGGUGGAACAUGGAAUCACGACAACAGAAAGCCUAUGUGGCCACUCAGGGUCCCCUGGCCGAGACCACGGAGGACUUCUGGCGCAUGCUGUGGGAGCACAACUCCACCAUCGUGGUGAUGCUGACCAAACUGCGCGAGAUGGGACGGGAGAAGUGCCAUCAGUACUGGCCGGCCGAGCGCUUCGCCCGCUACCAGUAUUUCGUGGUGGACCCCAUGGCUGAGUACAACAUGCCCCAGUACAUCCUCCGCGAGUUUAAAGUCACCGACGCCAGGGUUAACGUGUACACCUGA